AUGCCCUUGUCUUCUUUUUCCUUCACCCCCUUGGGAAGCAUGGAGCUUGCUGAGAAUUCCCACAACUCUAUGUCGACCAGUAUGCCUACACGAAAUGCAAGUUGGGCAUCAUUAUUCUUUUUCACCUCAAGAAAACAUGCUGUUUCUCUCAUUUUCGGAUCUCUGUUCACUAUAGGGGCCGGUGUCCUUGUUCCAAUGUUGGCUGUGCUGCUUGGGAAGAUAUUUGGAGCCUUUUCAGGAUUCGGGGAGGGCUCUCUAACCUCAGAUCAAUUGAUACAUACCAUAUCUGCUCAUUGCGUGUAUUUAUUGGGUCUCGGAAUUAUCAUUUGGCUGCUGCAAGCCGGUCACUUUACAUUCUGGAUGGCUUUUGGAGAACUCCAAGCAAAAAACGCGCGAGAGAAAUCCUUCGUGGAGUUGCUCAAGAAGGAUAUAUCUUGGUUUGAAAUGAAACAGGACGGAGUUUUAGCUCUUUUACCGCGUCUCCAAACACAGAUCCGAGAUCUUCAAUUGGCGACGUCACAACCACUAGGUUGUGUUUUACAGAGGGUAGUUACGUUUGUCACUGCGCUGAUUUUGGCCCUUUACACCUCCUGGAAGCUUACCCUGGUUUCGUUGGCCUCCGUACCUAUCUGCGCGAUAGUAGUGGUUGUUAUUUCGAGGAAAAUUCAACCGAGCAUACAAGCCUAUGAAGCUGAAUUGACGCGCACAUCAAAAUUGGUCAGCAGCAGCUUCUCCUGCAUCGACGCGGUUAAGUAUUUCAAUGGUCAAAACUUCGAAGCCCAACAAUAUUCCCUAGGCAUCUUGGCCGCGACGCGCUGGUAUAGAAACGAAGCGCUCGGCCAAGCACUCCAAAUUGGCUGCGUGAGACUGAUGAUAUUUGGAAUGUUCGUACAGGGUUUCUGGUACGGUAUCUCUCUCGUUGAAGCAGGCCAGUUGAAUCCCGGAGACGUUGUGACAGCCUUCUGGGCAUGCCUCUUAUCUACACAUGCAAUUGAAGAUGUGUUGCCUCACAUUAUUGUGCUUGAAAAAGGGCGUGCCUCAAGUUCUGCGUUACAACAACUCAUAAAGAAAAAAACAAACUGUUGCGACGAAACGGAUGAUACAGCCCAGACACUAUCCCCCACGUUUUGUGAAGGGGAUAUACGCGUCAAAAAUGUUACUUUCUCUUAUCCAUUUCGUCCUGAUUGCUACGUAUUAAAGGAUUCAUCGUUCUUUUUCCCGGCGGGCGAUGUGACGUUUGUUGUUGGGAGAAGUGGUUCGGGGAAAAGCACACUUGCUAAUCUCCUCAUGCGAUUCUAUACACCCACAAGCGGAGCUAUCUUCAUUGACGGCACCCCGCUUGAAAACUUGAAUAUUGACUGGAUCCGGAAUAACAUCACUCUAGUACAGCAACAGAGCUUUCUUUUUAACGAGACUGUGUUUACAAACAUCGCUUUUGGUUCAAGAGACUAUCAUAGUAUCACUGAAGACAAAAUUCUCAAUUGUCUCCGGUUCGCCUGCCUCGACGAAACGGUCCGCAAUCUGCCAGAUGGCCUGGACACGAUGGUGGGCGCUGGUGGGAGUGCAUUCAGUGGCGGCCAACGCCAAAGAGUUGCGAUUGCUCGUGCAAGAUUGAGAGAUACCCCUAUUCUGAUCCUCGACGAAUCCACAAGCGCGUUGGAUUUCACCAGCCGAUCUUCUGUGAUGGAUGCCAUUCGAGUCUGGCGAAAAGGUAAAACAACUAUUGUAAUUACACAUGAUAUGUCCCAGAUCAACGAUCAAGACUUCAUGUACGUGUUACAUCAGGGGCAAGUCGUUCGCAGAGGGUAUAAACACGCGUUGGAGCAACAGGCAAAAGAAACAUUUGGUUCAGCCCUGACGGAAAUGUUUGACCUACAAAAUGGACGAUCUCUCCAUAGUACGGGACACUCGACUGUGUCAGGGUCUAGGAGAAGCAAAUUUAAAAAGACCAGCAAACCUCUUCCUCCUAUACCCAAUCAAGAAUUAAACCGGACUUUUCAGACCAUCUCAUUGUCUCCUAUAACCCCCAAUUUUCAACACACUCUGUCGUUCCAGUCAAUGAUCCACACGGAACACGCAAUUCAGCCGUUAGCCUCCCCUAGCGGACAAAUUCUUCCACAUACCCAAAUGCCGUCAAUCAUUGAAAACAUUGAACUUGACGGAAUUUCUCGCGAGAACGAAACCCAGCCCAACCUAAGUCUCAUGCCGACGUUAACGUGUUCUUCAGUCGCGGCUUCCAGGGACUUCGCCUUUGGAGAUGGUAAAUCGCCCAAUGAACCAAGAGAUGGUGGCAUCUCCAACGAGAACACGGAACCAAACCAUUCAUCCAUUUGGGAAAUUCUGCACACUGUUAUCCCGUGUUUAACAAUAUCCUGCAGGUUUUUCCUUCUAGCUGGAUUUGUAGCUGCACUUGUCCAUGCUGCUGCCACGCCAACAUUCGCAUAUCUGUUUGCGCAGCUCCUGGGUGUAUUCUUCCAUUCAGGGGAUCGCGCGCACAUGGCUAUCAAAUGGUCCGUUGCAAUCAUCGGCGUAUCCGUCGCCAAUGGAGUUGCGUCGUUCGUGAUGCAUUUUCUCCUUGAAUACUGCGGACAGGCCUGGGUUAACUCCCUCAGGAAUGAGGCUGUGGGACGUAUCCUCUCCCAGCCGAAGGAGUGGUUUGAGAAGGAGGACAAUAAAACGUCCAAUUUGACUAUGUGUCUGGAUCGUAACGCAGAGGAAAUGAGAAACUUGGUUGGACGGUUCGCAGGAUUCAUAUUUGUUGCGACUGUGAUAAUGGUUAUAUGUAUUAUUUGGGGAAUUGUGGUGUGCUGGAAAUUAACUCUGGUUGGGUUUGCCUGUGCGCCAAUUGUUUAUUCUAUGACGAGGGCCUUCGAGCGCGUGAGCAGUAAGUGGGAGAAAAAGUGCAAUGAUGUUGGUGAAGUGGUUGGAGAUAUAUUUUCGGAAACCUUCCUCAAUAUCAAAACCGUCCGCGCAUUGACACUCGAGUCUCAUUUUCACAGGAAGUUAGAUGGAGUUGUUGUGAAGGCACUUAGAUUGGGCUUAAAGAAGGCCUGCUAUUCAGGCUUUCUCUUUGGAUUGUCCAAUUCCUCGAUCAUUUUUGUUUACACGUUAGUGUUCUAUUACGGAGCAGUUCUUGCAUCUUCGCUCGGAUAUUCGACCAAGGAUAUCCUCACAGUCUUUUCGCUCCUCCUCUUCAGCUUGUCGAACGUUAAUGCCGCACUGGAAUUUGUACCACAAAUCAGCUCAUCUCGAGACACUGCAUGUCGAGUAUUGCGUUUAACUACACUCCCAAAAGGGUUUUCGCAUGAGGAUGAGGGCAAACUGGAAAUAUCCCAUCCAACGCCCUUAAAAUUCACAAACGUGAAUUUCAGCUACCCAUCCCGCCCCAAGAAGCUUGUCCUUCGAAACCUAAACUUAACACUGACGGAAAAUUCCUGUACCGCAAUUGUUGGUCCUUCCGGCUGCGGGAAGUCGACCCUAGCCUCCCUCCUCACUGCUUUAUACCCGGUAACAUCAUCUCAAAUCGGUGGCGCCAGUAUGUUAUCCGUCGGGGGCAAUGACAUCCAGAAAAUCCACACCCCUACCCUACGCUCUCUAAUCUCCAUCGUCCCCCAACAGCCCACCCUCUUUCCGUCCUCGGUCAAAGAAAACAUCAGCUACGGACUUGACCCUUCAUCCCCUCUCAACACGAUCCACAACAUCCGCUCUGCCGCGCAGGCUGCGGGGAUCGAUGAAUUCAUCACUUCCCUCCCAGAAGGCUACGACACGAUAAUUGGCGACGGAGGUUUGUCCGUAUCCGGCGGCCAGGCGCAGCGUGUAGUCAUCGCGCGUGCACUCGCGCGGAAACCGCGUAUGCUCAUUUUGGACGAGGCCACUUCGAACCUUGACGUGCACAGCGCAGAGCAGAUUCGUCGCACAGUUAAGGAUUUGUUGAUGGGAAAUGGCGGGCAGCUGCUGACUGUGGUAAUCAUCACGCAUGCGGUGGAGAUGAUGGAGAUUGCGGAUAGGGUUGUUGUGGUUGAUAAGGGUUGUGUUGUUGAGGAAGGCCCCUUUUUAGAGUUAAUGGGGAAGGCGGGAGGAGAGUUAAGGAGACCUCUCCCAAACGAGUCUCAUGCACUUCUCACCCUGUCACCAUGCGGCCGUUUAAGCGCCCACCGUUUCCCCCUCUACACCCGCGCGCUGGAAGACCGAAUUGUGGUAAUGAUAUAUAGCCCGUCCGCAGUGCAACAACCUAGCAGUGGUCUAGUCUGA